CUUCUGUCAAAUGGUGCAAAAAUUUACUGAAAAUCACAGUCGAGUUUAAUCACUUUUGCCGUAAUUUUUUCUUUCUUUGACCUGAAAGCAUUAAAAAUCCGCAAAAAUAACGGUGAAAAAUAUGACCGAGGUCCUGAGCAACAACACUACCGAUAAGGUAGCUGCGCUUGUGAAGGAAGCCGAAUCGCUUAAGGCAAAAUUAGAAGAGGAACGGCAGAAGCUGAACGAUGUCACUCUUUCCUCUGUUGCUGAACGGCUUGAAAUGAUCACCUAUUUGAACAUCAAGCCGCGUCGCGUACUCAAGGGACAUCAGGCGAAAGUUUUGUGUUCCGAUUGGUCACCGGACAAGCGACACAUCGUUUCGUCCUCCCAGGAUGGAAAGUUGAUCAUCUGGGACGCAUUCACUAACUACAAGGAGCAUGCCGUAACGAUGCCUACUACGUGGGUCAUGGGAUGCUCGUAUGCGCCGUCCGGGAACCUGGUGGCUUGUGGUGGCUUGGACAAUAAGGUAACCGUUUACCCGAUAACUAUGGAAGAAGACAUUUCAUCUCGAAAAAAGACCGUUGGAACGCAUACCAGCUACAUGUCGUGCUGCAUCUUUCCCAACUCAGACCAGCAAAUACUGACCGGAAGCGGCGAUUCCACGUGCGCUUUGUGGGACGUUGAAUCGGGUCAGCUGUUGCAAAGUUUCCACGGUCACACGGGUGAUGUAAUGUCCAUAGAUCUGGCUCCGAACGAGACGGGCAACACUUUUGUGUCGGGCAGUUGCGACAAGAUGGCAUUCAUUUGGGAUAUGCGCUCCGGUCACGUCGUGCAGUCAUUCGAAGGACACCAGUCCGAUGUAAACAGCGUGAAAUUUCACCCGAGCGGAGAUGCCAUCAGUACGGGAUCGGAUGAUAGCACUUGCCGUCUAUUUGAUAUGAGAGCGGAUAAGGAGGUGGCAGUUUUCAGCAAGGAUAGCAUUAUAUUUGGUGUCAACUCGGUUGACUUCUCCGUCAGUGGCAGAUUGUUGUUCGCUGGGUAUAAUGACUACACGGUAAACGUUUGGGACACGCUGAAAGCGCAACGCGUUUGCUUGCUUUAUGGCCAUGAGAAUAAAGUGUCAUGCCUUCAGGUAUCGCCGGAUGGCACUGCAUUAUCUACCGGAAGCUGGGAUUUCACCCUCAGAAUAUGGGCUUAAAAAGUACUCUAAAUCACGUCGAAUAGUAGCAUAUAUUGCACAAUCAAAGCGCAAUCUCUAUAAUAGUAUUUAAAAGUUACAGUCAAGUAUUAGGAUGAAACCAAAAAAUAACAAAAGUUAAUGCGUCUCUCUGUCUAUAAAUAGAAACAUCCAAAGUAUAUCGUUGAUUAGUCAGAAAAAAUGUUGUUUUUAGAAAAAGCUCCAGUUUUUGAUUUUUUUAUUUUUUAGAAACCGAAGAAAUUGACGUUUUUUUACUUCACAAGAUAAAAUAAGAUUUCCAAAUACAAAUACAUUUAUUUUGAUAAACAUUUCCUGUUGAAUAAGUUAAGUUUUGACCAAAAACCCACCAGUAAACAAUGUUAGCAUAACAUAUUUAUUACAUUUAUUAUUAUUUAUACUUCGUGCCAUAUUUUUUUUAACAUAAAUAGGACUAAUUAGCUCAACUGAAUAAACUGAAUGUAUUCAAUAUAUGUGUAAUUGAAUUACGAUA